AUGUACAAAGCACUGCAAGGGGAAUUCCAAAAGGUGACAUGGAGAUGCUUAGUAUGCAACAACAAGGGAAUGCCAAAGUGUAUUUUUAUCCUAAGAUUAGCUAUACAAGACAGGUUAGCUACUAAAGAAAGACUAGCAAGAUGGGGCUUAGUAGAUGAAACUUUGUGUACAAUGUGCCACAGGAACAAUGAAACAAUGCAUCACUUAUUUUUUGACUGUGAUUAUUCAAAUGAGAUAUGGCAGAAGUUACUAUCCUGGCAAGGGGUCAUGAAAAGGAAAAAACAGUGGAAGGAAGAAGUUCAAUGGGCAGAGAAGAAGGCAGCAGGGAAGAGUGCAGGAGCAGAGAUAUACAGAAUGGUUUUGACUGCAACAGUCUACCAUAUUUGGCAAGCCAGAAACAGUAUUAUUUUUCAGAAGAAACAAGUUAAUGCACAGAGUAUAGUGAAAACGAUAGUUCAGGAGAUGCAUAUAAGAGCUCAAAAUUGUAAAAAAAAAAAAAAAACUGGAUACUUAUCUAAGUAA